CUACCACAUGAUAGCAGCCUCUGGAAGGUGGGCCAGGAAGAUAUCAGCAUGAGACUGAUGCCCUCUGUCCUCCUCAGUAGUCCUCUUGCGCUCUGUAAGCCAGCUGGAGAUCCCAGAAUGUAUGAGAAAAUCACAAUCGCAGUGCUAUUGUCAGCUUAUAUUUUUACAUCACCUUGCAUCCUUGCAACUUCACCUGCACCUUCUUCAGCAGAAACUCCAGAAUCAUUAACAGAAGGUCCCAAUCAUACAAUGAAAGCUGGAGAAAUUGCUGUGAGUGUAAGCCCUUAUAUACUUCCAAAGACACCAGCACCAAGACUGAAACAAAUUGUCCACAGAUUCUCAGAACCGGUGACAAUACUCAUUAUUUUAGGGGUAAUAGCUGUUAUUGUUGGAGUUAUCCUCUCUAUUGCCUCCUGUAUCCAGCUGCUGACAAGGAAAUCGCCAGCUGACCAGCCACCUCCCUUGGAGGACACAGCUGAACAUUUAAUUUCUGUUGAAGUAGAACAUACAGAAGAGUAAUCAAUGAAAAUGUGUUCGCCAAGCAAAACUGUGGAAGAACUCAACAAAGACACAAGACGGCAGUCAAUCAAAAAAUGAACUUGUGAAUCAGGCACUUCAGUAAAUUUUGUAUCAGCCUAAGUUGUAUCAUUUCAGGAAACAAAUUUCAUUACAGUGAAUUCCAGUGACCUAACCAUGGAAAAAUAUCUCUGUUCAUUAAUACUUCAAGAUAAAUAACACAUAUUUCCUCAUGCUUGCUUUUUUGUUACCUUAAUUUUUAAUUAGUUGAUUAGAAAUUUUGACCCACAGUUUUAGUUGAAUUGAUCUGCCUUACUCUAUUCUACUGUGUUUUAGUAAUGGUGCUGAAAAAUAUAGGGCUCAUAACAUCUCCAUGGAACCAAAGUUCUCUCCCCAUUCUAAAUUUUUGAGUUCUCCUUCAUUGUUUUAUAUAAGUUAAAGGAACAUCUAUUAAAAGGAUUUAUUUUCCUUGUUGCUCAAUAAGCACAAUAUUGGAUUAUACUAGAGAUGUCGACAUUUUGUUCCCACUGAUAAGACUUGAAAAAUGCCAUAAAUACAAAUUAUAUAUAAUUGUGCCUACAUUCAUUAUUUAGUGCAUAAAUCAAGACAAAAGUUUUCUGUCAUUAAAGGGUGUGAUGUUGACUAUAUACAAUUGGCCCAUGUAAAAUAAUUUUUCUGGCAAUAAAGCACU